UCUAUUGGAUAAGAUUCAGUGAAGGAGCGCCGACGCCAUCCGGACACGCUUUUGUUUGUGGAUGAGAACUACAGACCAUUACGGAAAUGUGGACAGAAAUUGGGAAAUUAUUAUUUUUUCAUUUUUUAGUAUCGGAAUUACACUCAGCACAAGGGAGUGAAACUGGUGCUGAAGCUGAGUGCGAGGAUGGACAGUUUCAGUGCAACAAUAUGAGAUGUAUUCCCACCAUAUGGAGAUGCGAUGAUGACGAUGAUUGCUCUGACAACAGCGACGAGGAGAACUGCUUGAAGAAGACAUGUGCGCCCUCAGAGUUUGCAUGUGAGAAUGGUCAGUGUGUUCCUGGGCGUUGGCGGUGUGACGGUGAACCUGAGUGUCCAGAUGGAUCUGAUGAGGCCGAUGCCACCUGCACGGUCAGACAGACUUGUCCACCAGAUAAGUUCGACUGUGGAGGGAAGUGUGUGUCGCUGUCCUGGCGCUGUGAUGGGGAGAGAGACUGUGAAAACGGCUUAGAUGAAGAGGACUGUGCUGCGGAUGCCAGGUCCUGCUCAGGAGGAGAAUUUCAGUGUCGUAACCGCAAGUGUUUAGCACCAGUCUACGUGUGCGAUGGGGACGACGACUGUGGAGAUGGCAGCGAUGAAGAGAAGUGCUCUCCGCCCACCUGUGGACCGCACGAGUUCCGCUGCAACAGCUCAGAGUGCGUGCCCAAUCCCUGGACCUGUGACGGUGACCCAGACUGCGCUGAUGGUUCUGAUGAGUCGGAGGGGAGAUGUGGGAGCGGGUCCAGUCGGCCAGCUCCGCCUCCUGCUCGCAGGGCGCAGUGCGGCGCUGGAGAAUUUCGUUGCGGCAGUGGGGAGUGUGUGAGGCUGACCUGGAGGUGUGACAGGGAUCCUGACUGCAAGGACAAAUCGGAUGAGGCCGACUGCCCUCUGCUCACAUGCCGACCCGAUGAGUUCCAGUGUGGAGACGGGUCCUGCAUCCACGGCAUCAAACAGUGCAACAAAAUCCACGACUGCCUGGACAAAAGCGAUGAGGCUGGCUGUGUCAAUGCCACCAAGUGCGAGGGACCUCUGAAGUUUCUCUGUAGGAACGGGGAAUGCAUUGAUGGCACGAAAGUAUGUGACAAUGUCAAGGACUGCAAGGAUCGUUCAGACGAACCCAAAAAGGAGUGCAGUUUGAAUGAAUGUUUACUUAACAACGGCGGUUGCUCACACAUCUGCGUAGACCGGCCUAUUGGAUUUGAGUGCCAGUGUCCCGUUGGAUACAAGCUGCUGGACAAGAGGACAUGUGGAGACAUCGAUGAGUGUGAGAACCCUGAUGCCUGCAGUCAGAUCUGCAUCAACCUUAAAGGGGAUUUCAAGUGUGAAUGUCACCCGGGUUAUGAGAUGGACCCUGUGAGCAAAACAUGCAAAGCAAAGGGAAAAAGCCCUUACCUGAUGUUCACGAACAGACACGAGAUCAGGCGCAUUGACCUGGUGAAGAGAGACUACACGCAGGUGGUUCCCACUCAGAAGAACGCGGUGGCCAUCGACAUAGACGUGGCAGCCAACCGCAUGUUCUGGUGUGACCGUUUUCAACAUAAAAUAUACAGUGCGUACAUCCAUGAAGCAAGCGACCCGUCUUGCCACGUUACCCUGAUCGAUUCAGAUCUGCAUUCCCCUGAUGGUCUGGCUCUGGACUGGGUCCACCAUAACCUCUAUUGGACCGACUCGGGCGACAGAACCAUCUCUGUGGCCUCUGCAGAUGGAAGCAGGAGACGUGUGUUGAUCAGCACUGAGCUGAGCGAGCCGCGGGCCAUCGCUGUGGAUCCAGAGCGAGGGUUUAUGUACUGGUCUGACUGGGGGAUCAGGGCGAAGAUCGAAAAGGCUGGCAUGAAUGGUGUCGAUCGAAAGGUGUUGGUGUCUGAAGACAUUGAAUGGCCCAAUGGCAUCACUUUAGAUGUAGUAGGCAAGCGUUUGUACUGGGUGGACUCCAAACUUCACCUGGUCUCCAGCGUGGAUUUAAACGGUGCCCAACGCAGAGUCAUCUUGUCCUCUUCCGAGAGACUUGGCCAUCCGUACGCCCUCGCUGUUUUUGAGGAUCGGGUGUACUGGACGGACCGCGAGAAGGAGGCCGUCUACAGCGCAAACAGGCUCACGGGUCAAGAUGUGACAAGUCUCGCCGAGCACCUGAACGAUCCACAUGAUAUUGUAGUUUUCCAUGAGUUGAGCCAACCUGAGGCACCUGACAGCUGUAACCUGGGCGGCGGGACUAACGGAGGUUGUGACUUCCUGUGUCUGCGAGCUCCUCAGAUCAGUGAGCACUCGCCCAAAUACACCUGCGCUUGCCCAGACGGAGAGGAGCUGAGUCCUGACACACGCCAGUGUGUACCCGUUCAAAAUGACACUGCUGUAACGCCCACUGUCCCCAACAACAUCACCAUGGAAACCGUUUCGGUGGCUGGCCAGGAAGCAGACUCUCCCGCAGCGGUGACCUCUCAGUCUGAUAGUGUAGCAGAAACCAGCAUCCCAUCAUUUCUCACUUCCAGCCCAGAGGAACGACCCAUCUCCUCCAAUGCUACAGCAGAGCAUAGUCCAACACAGAUGUCCACACCAGGAGAUACCAGUAACCUGUCUCACCACUCCGGCAAUGAUUUGUUUCUCCUUGGCCGUAAUCUGACAGUGGCAGUGCUUGGUGUUGUUAUUCCAAUAGUUCCUAUCGUUGCCACAGUGGUCUUCGGGGUUCUGUGCGCCGGCAUUUACCUUGUAUACCGCAACUGGAGGCGGAACAGCACUAAGAGCAUGAACUUCGACAAUCCCGUCUACCGCAAGACCACGGGAGAGACAGAAGAGGACGAGAUCCAUAUCGGCCGGGCUGACAGGCUAGCUGGACAUCACCACACUUACCCCGGACCCGUGGUGGGCAUGACUCCAGUCGGCACGGCCACGUGCCCACCCUUCAUUGCUUUACCUCUGGGAACCGGAUUACCGGAUCCAGCAACACACUGGUACACAGAGCAACCCACCAUCUCGAGUGCUAAAUGAAGAAGAGGAGGAGGAGAACUCUAGAUGUACUGUGACCACACAGAGCACGGCUGAGAUGUGACUGGCACGCUGUGCAGGAACUGAGCGAGCUGAAUCACACACAGAGAGUUUCUGAAGUGCACUGAAAUACUGCACAGCUGGAUGCUUAUAUGAUGAGAUGCUGGAAAUAUGGUAAAGAAAAGCUUAUUGGAUUUAAUAUUUAGGACACUUAACACAGUUUUAUUGCAGUUAGAAUUACAUGUUUUGCAUUUUAUAUUUUUCUUCAAGAUAGACUUAAUAAAUAUGGCACGGGUUGCAUUGAUAUCCUGAAGUAGCCUAGAAGUCUUAGCACUUCUGGUAAAGUUGCAAAGAGAGUUUAGGUGGUAAAAAAUAUGAGAUUGACGGCAAAAAUUCCAAAUAUACAGCUCUGUAUAGGUAACCAAUGCCAACUUCUUAGUGUCAUUCUAAUCCAGAUAUGUUUGCAAAGAGCCAUAUUUUGAAAUCUGACCCUUUUCUUUCUUCAUACAUGUUUCUUGUGUUAUUAGACAAACGUUUGCCUUUCUUAUUUUUCAUCACAAUUUUUCAACCCCACCUCUACAACCACCUAUCACCCGCUGAACAAAACAAAAGAAUCCUUCACAGAAAUUCUAAUGGUUUCCAUUAAAAUACUAUUAUAAGCCAUUAGCUUUUUCCAUUAAAGCAAUUACCAAUAGAAUCCAUCACUUACCAGUAGACCAUUAUACUGUAGUUUCCAUUAAAACCAACACCCAUUAAGACAUCAGAUCCAUAAAAUUUUCGAUUGUGUUUUGCACAAGGUUCUUUCUUUUUUGAGCAGGUAAAUAGAGAUCUCUGUUUAUAAUCCGAUCACGUUCAAAUAGUUUCACUUCACAUUGACUUUAAACAUAGGAAUUUUUUUGUCAGCUUCAGUGCUAUUAUCUAUUUCUGGUUGUGUUCAUGCUAUCCAGAUUCUUAAUUCUUAUCCCCCGCAUGUAAACAAAAAUCCAUUGUCCCAAAUUUACUCAACCGUCUGGCGAGGUUGCGCUGUAUUGCUUGGCAAGAACCCGAAUCUGGCACAGUAGACUCAUUAGAGCAGCGAGCUCCAGUGUAUUCACAUUCAGUCAAAAUAGAUGUUUCAAGUACAUAACGCAACAAGCCAUGUUUUGCUAGGUGUAAGUAGUUACGAACCGGUGAUCAAUAACAAAAUGUCAGCAUUUCACGCAUCUGUUUCUGUUAUUUGGGUCCCUGUGUGCCGAAAGGGCUUGCUGUGAUUUUGUUGUGUUUAUUCCUGAAACAUGAAAACAGUCACCCCAAGAAUCUAGCAUAGCUGCGGGCAUUGAGCCAUAGGUUUUAUAAGCACGAUGUGUAAUGUCUGUUUAAACACAUUAGAAUCGCAUUAACAUCAAAAAAUGUGUUUGACUGGCAUCUGUGCAGACAGCACACUCAGCGGUCUCAAUGCUCUCUAUUCACUGUAAUGGACGUACUGACAUUUAAAGAUGCUCUGAAAGGCCAUACAUUCCAAAUGCUGGACAUUUAUUCAUGCAGUUGUUUUUAACACAGGGGUACCUCUACAUUCUUUUGUUCUGGUAUGGGGAUGUUUAGUUUCGUCUCAGGGAGAUGGUACAGUGUGUGUGCAGUAUGGAAUAGGAUUUUAUUUUGUUUUAUCAAAAAAAUGUGGCACGGUUUUUUAGCAAAAUGCACUUGAAUGUUUGUAAUACAAAAAAAGAGAAGAAAUUAAUCUGUUGCACAACACCAUUGCUGGCGUGAACCUCAUCUGAACAUGCCAAUGUCACAUUUUACCUCAAAAUCAAAUUUGGAAAUUUACUUUUGUUGAAGCUUGUAUUUUGAAUUGAUUUUUGCAUUGUGACAUUAUUUCUAUUGAGCACAUUAAAAAGGCAUCACAAAGAAUGCUGCUGUUACUUCUGUCACGAAAAUAAUGUUACUGUGCAAAAAUCUUCCCAAAAAAGGCUUUCUUUUCUUUAAAAAAAUAUAAAUUAUUGUGGUUUUGAGGUGAAAAUAUGGCCCAGGCCUGUUCUUGAUAGGUUCAGUGACAUUCACCUGCUCAGACUUUUUCAUACUUUAUAUAUAAGGGCAUCUUAAAUUGGCAGACAGAAGGACAGUUUUCUCCCAUUAGGCUGGUUUCUGUCAGAAAGAGCAGCUGUUCUUUCACAGAUUCUCUGAUCAGAUGAUACCUCAUUAAUAUUAAAGAGCAUCACUCUAGGAUAUAAAAUAAAAGCUCCCUCAUAAGAGAUGAGCAGUAAAUAUCCUGUGUGCGUGUGUGAGAGAGAUAAAGAGAGAAUGUGAUGUGAUGUGUGUGUGUGCGUGCGUGCGUGUGAGAAAUCUGUGUUCAGAAUGAUUUGUGGUUUAAACCACUCUUGAUGCAUUGUUUCUUGAUUAGGAAGUGUAAAUAUGUUUUCAUACAAAUACUUUUGAUACAGCUUUGUAAAAAUUGUACAUAAGAUUUUAGAUAACAGUAUUACCAAUUACCUAAUUUAUUCUGCAUUUUUCUUAUGGUAAUAUCUUUGCCAAAGUGUUUCUGUGCUUUUGGUCUGUUUUGUUUUUGUUUACUUUAGCCUCUCUUUUUUAAAACCCUUUUAGGCUGCUGUGAAACAUUUUCAAUAGUUUUAUUAAAUUGCGUUCUUAUUGCACUUUUUUGCAGACAAUUUUUUUUUUCUGUUCCGGUGCCUUGUUUUGUAACUUACUGACGUUGUUUUAAUUCUGUCUGAUCUGUCACUGCAUAAACUUUGUGGCAUUAUGGUCUUGUAUUUCCAGUGUUGCUCUUUAUAUGUCUCUCUAUAGAUUGAUAUAAAAAUCAUUCAGAAUCUGGUGUCUUGAGUUUUUUUUUUA